GAUUUUGAAUGUUCACCGAAAAAGACAUUGCCUCUUGUGAGUUCAAAACAAAAUACACCCAACUCACCGAUUGUAGAUAGUUCAACAAAUAAUAUAGAGAGUAAAGAUGUUAAAUCAUUUUUUAAGAAUCAUGAAGAAAAUGUAUUUGAUAAAUCUCCAGUAAAAAAUGGCACCCCACCAGCUAAUAAUAUUUUUGUUGGUGCACAAAAUGAUGCUAAACUGAAUAUUACACCCAAGAAGAGUCCUAUUACAACAGAACUUCGAAGAUCCCCAAGAAUAGCUAAACUGCUUACCCCUGAGAAGAUACUGAAGGAAGCAUCUCCUUUUAAAAAAGCACUAGCUUUUGGUCACCAAGAUGAUUUUGGUAACUCACCGAGUUUAGAUAGUUCAACAAAUAGUAUAGAAAGAAAAGAUGUUAAAUUAAUUUUUAAGAAUCAUGAAGAAAAUAUAUUUGAUAAAUCACCAGUAAAAAAUGGUACCCCACCAGCUAAUAAUAUUUUUGUUGGUGCAAAAAAUGAUGCUAAACUGAAUGUUACACCCAAGAAGAGUCCUAUUACAACAGAACUUCGAAGAUCCCCAAGAAUAGCUAAACUGCUUACCCCCGAGAAGAUAUUGAAGGAAGCAUCUCCUAUCAAAAAAGCACUAGACUUUGGUCACCAAGAUGAUUUUGGUAACUUACCGAGUUUAGAUAGUUCAACAAAUAAUAUAGAAAGAGAAGAUGUUAAACCAAUUUUUAAAAAUCAUGAAGAAAAUGUAUUUGAUAAAUCACCAGUAAAAAAUGGUACCCCACCAACUAAUAAUAUUUGUGCUAAAAGAAAUAUUACACCUAAGAAGAGUCCAAUCACAACAGAACUUCGAAGAUCACCCAGAAUAGGCAAACUACUUACUCCUGAGAUGAUAUUAAAGGAAGCAUCUCCUAUCAAAAAGGCACUAGACUUUGGUCAUCGUAAUGAUUUUGGUGAUGAUUUUAUGGAUGAAUGGGACUUAAAUGAAAUUGAAGAGGAAACAGUUGAAGAUCUUGAUUUGACAUCAAUGCAAAGAUGUGAGGUCAUAAGUGUGACCCGACAGCCAACAUCACUGAAACUUUUACUAAAGAAUGACAGAAAUAACAAGGGCACUUGUUACAUUGAAGGAUUCUGGCUAGACACACCAAUAUCGGAGGGCGAGAUCCUAAGCAUCCUAGCUUCCCGUGAUUCUUCUGGAAAGUUCUCUGUAACCAAUACUUCUGGGCUGAUGGUGUUACGGCCAGACCACCUGGUUUCCUCCACGAGCGUCGUUGCCGGCGUGUUUUGUAAGCGCAAGGCAGUGUUGCAGGAACGAUGGAGGGGCAUAGAUUCGGCUAAUAGUGCUAUGACUAUAGGAACACUAAUACAUGAACUGGUGCAGAAAGCUCUAACACAAAAUAUUUAUGAUGUAAAACAAUUGAAUAUUGAAGUAGAUAAAAUCAUAAAGGAAUCCAUUCAAUUACUUUACGAUGCAGGCUUGUCGGAAAGUGAAUGUCGGAAUGAUAUGCAGGCAUAUAUUUUACCACUUGCGGAGUUUAUGCAGACUUACUUAGCUAAAAACCCGCAAUCUUCAGUAACGCAAAAUAAAAAGGGCAAAUGGAAUGGACAUGUAAACAAAGUUUUGGACAUUGAAGAAAACUUGUGCUGCCCAGAACUUGGCUUGAAAGGGAAAAUUGAUGCCACUCUAGAAGUUGCCAUACAUGAGAGAAAAGGAAAUAAGCUGGAGACAGUGCCAUUAGAGCUGAAAAGUGGUAAGGCGAGUGAGUCGGCAGAGCACAGAGGCCAACUGGUGCUUUAUGGCAUGAUGCUGGCGCUGCAGCGAGGCGACAGCCCGGCAGUGGCGGAACAGCGAGGAUUACUGCUGUAUUUGAAGAACAGCGUGGAACUCCGCGAGGUGUCGUGUGGGUACCCCGAGCGACGCGAUCUGAUUCUGCUGAGGAAUAAUCUUGUCAAGAACCUCGCAGCCGGGCCGGAGGACGUUGACCCUGAACAGCUUGUGGAUAUAGAAGACGCGUCAGUGCUACUUCAGCAGAAGCUCCCCGGUCCGAUACACCGCGAGAGCGUAUGCUCCAAGUGCCCGUAUCUUACGUUAUGUUCUUUACACUUAUGGCACACAGAUUGCCGGUCCGUAUCCGAGAGCCACCCGUUAAGCAAACUGCGCGAGUCAGCACAAGGCCACCUCACUCCCGAGCACAUCAAAUACUUCUUACACUGGACAGCCCUACUGAAGAUAGAAGAGAGAGGGCAGCUAGCUACCGCGCCCUUGCACGCGCUGUGGACUGACAGUGUCGAGAAGAGGGAAAAACGAGGUACCUGUACAGCCAAUUUGUUUCUGAAGUCCGUGCAAGAAUCUGGAGAUAGAUAUCUCCAUGUGUUCCUAAGGAAAAUGGAAAAUUCACAAAGUGUAAAAAGUAUAGAAUCCAAAGGACCCCAAGAAGGUGAAUUUUCCAUAGUGAGCAUAGAAAAAAGACCGUGGAUUGCUGCUGGAGUAAUCUCGCUCUUAAAAGACAACGAAAUCCACAUGCUUCUAGAAAGAGACCUAAGCCGUAGAAUGCCUAAAAGCACUCAAUUCCACAUAGACACAUAUGAAUCGUACGCAACUACUGUACAGAAUUUGACCAACUUAGGUGUUUUAAUGGAGGACAGCGAAAGAGCACAAAGGCUAAGGAGUUUGAUAAUAGACAAGGACGUCCCGUUAUUCGAGACCAAACAGCCUCGCGAGGUGGGCCGGCUGGGCAGCAAGCUGAUGCGCGGCCUCAACAUCGAGCAGCAGCGCGCCGUGCUGCGGGCGCUGGCGGCGCGCCACUACGCGCUGCUGCGGGGCCUGCCGGGCACCGGUGAGUGUGUAGCGACGCGGGCGCGGGCUGGGACGCGAGGAGCCGCGAGUGGGCCGGCUGGCAGCCAGCUGAUGCGCGGCCUCAACAUCGAGCAGCAGCGCGCCGUGCUGCGGGCGCUGGCGGCGCGCCACUACGCGCUGCUGCGGGGCCUGCCGGGCACCGGUGAGUGUGUAGCGACGCGGGCGCGGGCUGGGACGCGAGGAGCCGCGAGUGGGCCGGCUGGCAGCCAGCUGAUGCGCGGCCUCAACAUCGAGCAGCAGCGCGCCGUGCUGCGGGCGCUGGCGGCGCGCCACCACGCGCUGCUGCGGGGCCUGCCGGGCACCGGUGAGUGUGUAGCGACGCGGGCGCGGGCUGGGACGCGAGGAGCCGCGAGUGGGCCGGCUGGCAGCCAGCUGAUGCGCGGCCUCAACAUCGAGCAGCAGCGCGCCGUGCUGCGGGCGCUGGCGGCGCGCCACUACGCGCUGCUGCGGGGCCUGCCGGGCACCGGUGAGUGUGUAGCGACGCGGGCGCGGGCUGGGACGCGAGGAGCCGCGAGUGGGCCGGCUGGCAGCCAGCUGAUGCGCGGCCUCAACAUCGAGCAGCAGCGCGCCGUGCUGCGGGCGCUGGCGGCGCGCCACUACGCGCUGCUGCGGGGCCUGCCGGGCACCGGUGAGUGUGUAGCGACGCGGGCGCGGGCUGGGACGCGAGGAGCCGCGAGUGGGCCGGCUGGCAGCCAGCUGAUGCGCGGCCUCAACAUCGAGCAGCAGCGCGCCGUGCUGCGGGCGCUGGCGGCGCGCCACUACGCGCUGCUGCGGGGCCUGCCGGGCACCGGUGAGUGUGUAGCGACGCGGGCGCGGGCUGGGACGCGAGGAGCCGCGAGUGGGCCGGCUGGCAGCCAGCUGAUGCGCGGCCUCAACAUCGAGCAGCAGCGCGCCGUGCUGCGGGCGCUGGCGGCGCGCCACUACGCGCUGCUGCGGGGCCUGCCGGGCACCGGUGAGCUUCCAAAGACCAUCCGUAUAAUGAGACUGGGCCCCAAGUCACGAGUGGCGGCGAGUUUAUCGCAUUGCUGCGAGCAGGAACUAUCCGUCAAGUGUGAGACGCCCGAAGACCUUGAGGAACUCUACGGCUCUAUGGAGGUAGUUGGAGUGACUUGCUUAGGAGCAUCUCACGCCAUGUUGUCGCGAACGACCUUCGAUAUGUGCAUUGUUGAUGAAGCGACUCAGGUCCUCCAAAGUACGGUUCUGAGGCCCUUGUUUGCUGCGAAGCGUUUCGUUCUUGUGGGAGACCCGGACCAACUGCCUCCGGUCGUACGGAGCAGAGCUGCCAGGCGCCUAGGCAUGGAAGAGAGUUUAUUCCACCGUCUCAUGAGCGAUGCAGCCACGUCGACUUUGGCAUUACAGUACCGCAUGAACGCGCCACUAGCCGCGCUUGCUAACACCGUCGCGUAUGACGGCAAGCUGCUCUGUGCCAACGACGCGGUCGCUCGCGCCCGCCUGGACGUCGACUUGCAGAAAAUAUCCGAGGUAGCCACUUAUCCCUGGCUAUCGCAAGCUUGCAGUCCGGAGGCGGAUGACGCGGCGGUGUUCCUAGACAUACAAGUCAACGCGCCCGCGCAUUCAAGGAGCUGCGCGAAUGGCGACGAGGCUAGCGUGGUGCUGGCUUUGGUCAAUUCACUUGUCAAGGGCGGCGUGAAACCGACUAACAUCGGCGUAAUAGCACCGUACAGAGACCAAGUAUCCCUUCUCCGGCGAACUGUGGGACCUCUCGGCGUGGAAGCCAGCACUGUGGACCAGUUCCAAGGACGGGACAAGGACGUCAUCGUAUACUCGUGCACGAGACAAUACCAGCCGGACGGCGAUAGGGAAGUUAAGGAAGGCGAGGUCCUGAACGACAAGCGGCGCCUAGCCGUGAGCGUGACGCGCGCGCGACACAAGUUCAUCGUCGUGGGUGACUCCCGCGCGCUUCGCCGCUACGAGUCUUUACACCGUAUGCUUCAAGCCUGUAAACCUGUGUGCAUACCACCCGCUGAUCUGAGACAAGUCGUAGAUCGAUACAGGACGGUGUGAGAAAAGAAAGGCGAGGUCAAAUGACAAGCGGCGCUUAGCCGUGAGCGUGACGCGCGCGCGACACAAGUUCAUCGUCGUGGGUGACUCCCGCGCGUUUCGCCGCUACGAGUCUCUACACCGCAUGCUUCAA